AUGCUCCGCCAGGUGGUAGCACGACAGCGGCAGCUGGCGAGAGCCGCGGCUGUCGCCGUGUCUUCAGCCUCGUCUUCCGCCGCACUCCCCGCGAUCCCGUCCGCCUCGUCCGCCUCGUCCGCCUCGCCCACCGCUGUAUUCGGAAGUUGCACUUUCAAGAUCGUGUCGUCAUUUUCCACUUUGCGAACAAUAUUUUUGCCACGUAACUCCAACCUUCAGGCAGGAGUGGUUGGCACGAAAAGCUGUUCCUCCCCCAUCUCAUCCUCCUCUCUGAUCACUAGCCAUGGCCUUGCCACGUCAGCUGUAUCCACAUCAGCUGCUGCAGCCACGUCAGCCUCGUUUCCAACAGCCGCGUCCGCAGGAGUAUCCACAUCAGCAUCGGCAAGAACAGCAUCAAUAUCAGCAGCAGCAGGAGCAUCAGGAGUAGGAGGAGGAGGGGUAGCAAUGCAGACAGGGAGGGUUGGAGAUGCAGCAGCAGGAGAGCAGGGAAUAGGGAAUGGGAGGAUCCGAGUGAAGACAAAGGCACUGACGAAGCAAGCCAAGCACAUCAUGAAUAUCCUGGAUGCAGAGGCUACGGGUUUGCUGCGAGAGCAGCGCAACAUGCCAGACUUCAAGCCGGGGGACGUGCUCUCCAUGAAGAUUGAGGUGCCUGAGAACAAGCGGCGCACGUCAAUAGUGAAAGGAAUCGUCAUCGCUCGCAGGAAUGCUGGCAUUGGCUCCACAUUCCGCAUUCGCCGCAUGCUGGCCGGCGUGGGCGUUGAAAUGUCCUUCCCACUGUACUCUCCCAACAUCAAGGAGAUCACUGUGAUAGGAACUCGGAAGGUCAGGAGGGCGAAGUUGUAUUAUUUGAGGGACAAGGUCGCCCGUAUGUCUGCUGUUUAG